AUGGAUUGCGACAAUUCCGACAAAACAGGACCAUUCCCUUCAUUCCUCUACACUUGCAACGGAAUACAAUCGUGUUCCACCUUCUUAAUCUUCCGAACUCAACCACUUUACGACACCGUUUUCACCAUCUCCAAGCUCAUGUCAAUCGACCAUAUGGAUGUUGCUCGGAUCAACGGAAUCACUGAUUCCAACGACAUCUUGCCUCUAAACAAAGAGCUAAUCAUUCCGGUAACGUGUUCUUGUUAUGAUCAAUACUAUCAGGCUAACACCUCUUUUGUUAUUCCCACUUUUUAUGACACUUAUUUCACUAUCGCAAAUCUUACAUUCCAAGGUUUAACCACAUGUGAUUCCCUCGAAAAAUAUAAUGUUUAUGAUCGACUUGAUUUGCAUGCUGGUGACAAGCUUCAUGUCCCGCUUAGAUGUGCGUGUCCUACGGUUAGUCAAACCAACGACGGAAUCAGGUUUCUGUUGACUUAUUUGAUUACUUGGAAAGAUUCGAUCAAGAAAAUUAGUAAGAGGUUUAAUGUAAGUGUUCAUAAUUUAAUUUUGGAAAACGGGUUUUCUUCUGUUGAUGAGAUUUUUCCGUUUACUACACUUCUUGUUCCUCUAUCUACUGAACCUUUGACUUCUCAAACAAGAACACUCGGCCGGAAUCGGAAUUGGAAUCUUUCAAAGAAAGUAAUCAUAGCCGGGGUUUUAUCAGGUGGUUUCUUAGCGAUUCUUUGUGGUGUUUUUGUGAUAUAUGUAAUAUCGAAAAGAGGAGUGAAUAAGGGUAAAACCGUAAAAUGGGCGUUGCCUAAAGAUAUUCAACUUGGUAUUGCUAGUGUCGAUCAACUUUUUAAAAUCUACAGAUUUGAAGAAUUGGAGGAGGCCACGGACGGAUUUACCCUCGAACACAGAUUGAGUGCUUCGGUUUAUAAAGGGAGUUUAAAGGGUAGAAAAGUCGCGAUUAAACAGAUGGGAGCACACGCGAAUAAAGAGGUGAAAAUUCUUCAAAAGUUUAAUCAUUUUAAUCUUAUUGGUCUUUAUGGAGUUUGUGAACAUGAUAAAGCUAGUUACCUUGUUUAUGAGUUCAUGGAAAAUGGUUCUUUAAACAAAUGGCUUCAAGAUUUGAGUUGUCAAGAAAGUCAAACAUGGAAUAAUCGUAUUCGUAUUGGUUUAGAUGUUGCUAAAGGUCUUCAAUAUCUACAUAAUUUUGCGAAUCCAGCUUAUGUUCAUAAAGAUAUAAACAGUAGUAAUAUAUUACUUACUAAGGAUCUACGCGCCAAGAUUUCUAAAUUUGGUUUUGCAAAGUCAACGGAGAAGGGCGAAAACGUAAAUUCAUCUAUAAAAUGUCGGUUUGAGUCAAAGGGUUACCUUGCACCGGAGUAUUUAGAGGCGGGAUAUGUGACAACCAAGACUGAUGUCUAUGCAUUUGGAGUUGUUCUUUUGGAAUUGAUAACCGGAAAGAAAGCUGUGUAUGAAAAUGAUGAUGAUGGAGAAGAAGUGAUGUUGUCUGAAGAAGUUGCUUCGAUCAUGGGUGAUGAAAAUAAUGGGAAAGGAAAGGUUAAUUACCUUAUUGACCCUCGGUUGCAAGCUAGACAUGCCCUUGGGUUUGUUAUAGAUCAAGAUGAACUUGCAUUGCGUAUGGUGAAACUAAGCUUGGGUUGUUUGGAAUCGGAACCAUCAAGAAGAUUAAGUAUGAAUGAGAUUGUUUCCACUCUUAUGAUGAUUCAAAUGGAUGCACAAAGCUCAGAAACGGUAUUUAUGGUGUAG